ACGGAUGGUUCACUGGGGAGGAGCACCUCUUCCUCUGAGACAGGAGGGAGUGAGGAAGGCUGGGGUUGUAGGGGCUGAGGAGGGAUGCUGAGGGACUCAGAGGGUGCCCUCCACACUAGCGGGAGGCAGGGUGAGGGGGUGGUGAAGAGUGUGGGCUUUGGAGCUGGCCUCAUCUAGGCUCAGGUCUCUGCCCUGACACUGGCUGUGAGAGGAAGGUGGGUGGGGUUAGGGGCCUCAGGAGAGCAGGGAGGCCUGACAGGCAUCUGUGGGAACACACAGAGUCCCCAAGAUGGAUAAAAGGCUUGGCCUGAUGCCGGACGGCCCGGCCCCCAUGGAGGCUCCGUAUGCAGAGGAGGGCCCAGGACCCGGGAUCUUCAGAGCAGAACCAGGAGACCAGCUACGGAGGCUGGAGGCCCAGCAGCAACCCAGCUCCCGGGCAGGGCGCUGGCGUACAGGGCGGCGCGGCUGUGCAGUGCUGGGAGCCCUGGGGCUGCUGGCUGGUGCGAGCUUGGGCUCGUGGCUUCUAGUGCUCUACCUGUGGCCAGCUGCCUCUCAGCCCGUUCCCGGGAACUUGCAGGAUGAGGAGAUGACCUUGAACUGCUCAGAGGCCAGUGGUGAGGAAGCCCUGCGACCCUCGCUUCCCAGAGCAGUAUCUUUCAGAAUAAACACCGAGGACUUCUUUCUGGAAGUGCAGGUGAGGGCCCGGCCAGGCUGGCUCCUGGUCUGCCACGAGGGCUGGAGCUCUGCCUUGGGGGUGCGGAUCUGCCGGAGCCUCGGGCAUCUCAGACUCACUCACGACAAGGCAGUGAACCUGUCUGACAUCAGGCUGAACAGCUCCAGGGAGUUUGCCCAGCUCUCUCCUAGACUGGAAGGCCUCCUGGAGGAGGUGUGGCAGCCCAGGGACAGCUGCACUUCCGGUCAAAUUGUCUCCCUCAAAUGCUCUGAGUGUGGGGCCAGGCCCCUGGCUUCCCGGAUAGUCGGCGGGCAGGCGGUGGCUCCCGGACGCUGGCCCUGGCAGGCCAGCGUGGCCCUGGGCUCCCGGCACACGUGCGGGGGCUCCGUGCUGGCCCCGCGCUGGGUGGUGACGGCGGCGCACUGUGUGCACAGUUUCAGGCUGUCCCGCCUGUCCAGCUGGCGGGUCCACGUAGGGCUGGUCAGCCACAGCACGGUCAGGCCACACCAGGGGGCUCUGGUGGAGCGGAUCAUCGCCCACCCGCUCUACAGCGCCCAGACCCACGACUACGACGUGGCCCUCCUGCAGCUCCGGACCCCACUCCACUUCUCAGACACCGUGGGUGCCGUGUGCCUGCCGGCUGAAGACCAAGAUUUUCCGAGGGGCUCUCAGUGUUGGGUGUCUGGCUGGGGCCACACUGACCCCAGCCACACCCACAGCUCGGACAUGCUCCAGGACACGAUGGUGCCCCUGCUCAGCACCCAGCUCUGCAACAGCUCUUGCGUGUACAGUGGGGCCCUCACACCCCGCAUGCUGUGUGCGGGCUACCUGGACGGGAGGGCGGAUGCGUGCCAGGGGGAUAGCGGGGGCCCCCUGGUGUGCCUGGACGGGGGCACAUGGCGCCUGGUGGGGGUGGUCAGCUGGGGCCACGGCUGCGCGGAGCCCAACCACCCCGGCGUCUACGCCAAGAUCGCCGAGUUCCUGGACUGGAUCCACGACACCACGCAGCCCAGGACCGCUUCCUCCAGUCCUGUUGUCUCCUCCAUCUCACCGCAUACCAGCCUCAUGUUUCCUGGGGUCUCUGGCAGGUCGACUAGAUGGAGAAGGAGCAGCAGCCCUGGAUGCAGAAGCCAUGGAUCUCUUAUCACUGCACAGGAGACAGUCACCACCCAUGGGCCAGCCUCUGGGCCACAGGGCCUCUCCCCUCGGGCCCUGAUUUCCAGCCCCUCUGUCUCAUCAGAGAGCCUCAGUGACAGGAGAGAUGCUGGGCCAGGGUUGGGAGGGUGGGGGAUCUGAGGGGUCGGGGGAGGAGCUGGAGGGGAAGAGGUGCUGGCAGCAGCUGGGAGCAUGCCCUUCUGCCCCCUCCCCUCCCCAGCUCUUGUGCACAUCUUUUGGGAGGCUGCUCAGGAAUGCCCUGGGUCUGCCUUCUCCCUGUGCCCUCAGGUGGGGGAAGUGUCUCCGUAGAAGCCCAGGCUGGGACGCUCCUGGGCAGAUGGGGUCAACCCAGGUUAAGCCCAUGGAGUCAGGAUCCUCCCAACUCUCCUGUCGAUCUCACCUACUUCCUGCCCUCACCUGGCUCUGGCUGGCCUUGCUGGGGCAGGGGGCACUGUAAGAACACUCUGGUUGGUGCUGGAAUUGGAUGUAGGUUUUAAAAUGACAGUUCUGUGAACUGGUCCAAGGACUUCCUGUAUUAAAGUGAAGUGAUGUAUGGUCUUGGUCGCAUCCUCCUUCCAACCCCACUUCGCUUUCUCACAGACACAUUAAGGGGUAGUAGAAUUACAAUUGUCCUCCCAUACAUGUUUCUUAAAGCUCUGGAACUGAUUGCUGCUCAUCUCUCAAGAAUUUUGGCAUAUACCCAUUUAUAUAAUUCUUUACAUCUGUUAAAGCUGCAUGUACUGAUUGGCCACAGAAAGCCCCAGCCGUCCCGGGGCUCUGAUGCUGCAAGUGUGACUGUCACUGAGUCAGAGCUCCCUCGGGGAGGGUGUUCCCCUCAAGACCCCCCUCUCCUUAGCUCUCCUUUCAGAACUGAGCCUUCCGGCUCAGGGAGGUGUUUUUCUGCACUUCUGCCCAGUUAGCAUUUUCCUCAUUAAGCU